GCAAAGGAAUGCCACUUAGAGUUGAAAUGACCUAAACAUCAUCUUUAUUUGGUUGGAUACAACGGCAAGGUUUGGUUGUAGUUAUUACUUGUGGAUGUGAUUUGGAGAAGUGCAGUGGGUAUGUUUUUCUUUUGUAUAGUCUCUACCUCUAAGCUUUUCCAGAGUUUGGGUGUGUUUUCUGGCUAUGUUGUUUUCGUCGUGGUUUGCCGAAGAUGUGCAAUUGUCGUAGGAAGUCAUGAAGUUCCGCCCUAUUAGAGAUCAUCAUCAGGAUCUUUGCCCACCUAAAUUCAAUUGGGGAAUCCGAGUGAGAGUAGUCCGAAGGUGGAUUUUACCAGCUUUGAAUUUGAAUGAUGCAUCUAUUUCGUUGGAAAUGGUUUUCAUGGAUGAACAAGAGGGUAAAAUCCAAGCCUCUUUGGGGAAAGCAAUGUUCCGUAAAUGGGCUGACAAAUUUGUUGAGGGAAAUGUUUAUGAGAUAUUCUUUUUCAAUGUAAUGCCUGCGAAGGGAUCUUACCGUGCAGCUAAUCAUGCCUAUAGGAUUUUAUUUAGUGGUAAGACAAAGGUUGUUCCAUUAGAGUGUGAGAGUAUACCAAGGUUGGGGUUAUCGUUGGUAACCCCGUUACAGCUGGAAACCAUUGCAGACCCUUCUGAUCAUUUAGUUGAUGUUGUUGGAUUUUUAACUGCGGUGUCCCCUGUUAGAAUUGAUGUAAAAGGAUCCAGCCAUGUGAAGAUUAUGAUGAUGGAGUUAUAUGAUGAGAAUGGUUCGAUGUCAUUUGUUGUUCUUGGUGAUUGUGUAAGUGUUGUAAGUGAUUAUCUAUCUUCACAUUCAAAGGAGAAACCUCUUGUGGUUGUGCAGUAUGCCAAGAUAAAGAAAUUUGAAGGGAAGAAUUUGUUGCAUACCUUAAUUCCUGUGUCUACUAUACAUCUUAAUCAAGAAUUUGAGGAAGCUAAAGCCUUUAGGAAGAGGAUGAAUGGACACAGUAGGGAAAUUGAAGGUCAUGUUGGUGAUAUUGAUUUCUUCGAUUUUGCUUAUCCAAUGAUUGAUGAUGUUAAAAUUGUAUAUCCUUCUGUGGAUUUGAAGUAUGUAGAUUUUGAAGUUAGUGUGUACCAACGAUUUAGGGGAGAACCUGUUAUUGAUUAUGCUGAUGAUGGAUGUUUUGCGGAUAUGAUGAGUGCAUGUGAUGUUGAGAUGUUAUAUGAAGAAAGCGAUAUGAUGGAGCUAUAUGAAUCCUCCUCAUUUUUUCAGAGUUAUAUGAUGUCCAAGUAUUUUGCUACCCCAGCAAUUGUGGAACUUGAUGAGGUGGCUGAUGUCCUUCUUCAUUUCCAUGAUCCAGAUGGUGUGUCGAGUCAGUGCAAAUUUUAAGAAUCCCUGAAAAGGCUUGGUUAUGUUGAUUUGGAAGAUUAGGUGUUGGGUAUUGAUCCUGUGGAGACUUGAGAUUAAAUUGCGAGGGUCUAACUAUUUCCAUUUUUUUAUGCUAUUAAUAGCUUAUCUUGCAUAAGUUGUAAUCUACUGAAUUAAAUUAAGAAGCCUACGUGGUUUAUUACGAAGGACAUAAUGGUGUUUGUUAAUACUUAAUAGUAUUUGGUUUUACUAUGCAUACCAAUGAUGAAUCUAAUUCAAGAGUGUUGAUAUUCGUUUGAGAA